AUGGCCCCGUCUGAAAGUUUGAGUCUUCACGACACGCUGAGGGCUUCAACAAUAGCCUACAGCGCUAUGGUUGUACUCUUCGUACUAAGCCUGAUCUUCGUACUCGUCGUGCAAAAUGGAGGCGCUUCAACAACCCGAAGGAAGCUCAAACACCUGCGCCAACAGGGCCUGUCGACCAGCAACAUGGCAGACCAAUAUGACUCCCAAUACGACGCACCAGAAGGUACCGUAACGGACGGACCCAUACGAAUCAAAGCGAUAAACAUCCACCCUAUCAAGUCAUGCGGACCUAUCGAGCUCCAUCGAGCCUUGCUCACCAAGACCGGCUUCAUGUACGACAGAUGCUUCGCUCUGGCAACGGAAAUGGGCAAGAACAACGCUGCGAUGGAGACAAAAUGGCGAUUCAUCAGCCAGCGCACCAAGCCCGGCAUGUCCCAGAUCAGGCCAGAAUUAUGGCUUCCGCAUAAAGAGAGCGAUUCGCACGACCCGCUGGUCCAGGCCGGCGGAUGUUUGCUAGUGAAAUUCCCGGAUCCUGACACGUCCAGCUGGGUCAAUCGGCUCGAGGCUUUUUUUCACGCGGGGAGUCCGUUCGCGAAGCCGGAGGUAUCCUGCAUUGUACCGCUUGAACCCACGCCCGCCAUGAUCGACGAGUUCAAAAUUCAGUUGAAAACAUUCGGCAUCCACUCCCGCGACGCAAAGGGCCUCGAUAUGGGCGCUAUCCCUUCCGUUGCGGCGGCGUUGCCCAAAUUGAAAAGAUAUCUGCGGAUUGCAGAUGAUCAAGACCUCACGCUCUUGAGGUGUACACCGGAUACUCUCACCCUUACGGAUAAAAACCUGGCGCCACUCGAACACAUCGGUACGCCGUCUGUGCACGGCUAUACGGAUCAGCAGCCGAUCAAUAUCAACAGUCUGUCUUCGGUGCACGCCGCAUCGGCACUUCUUCCACCGGAGAAUCAGCCUCUCAAUGCACUCCGUUUCCGUGCCAAUAUAUGGAUCACAGGUGCCCCUGCGUUCGAGGAGGAAAAUUGGAAACGAUACCGUAUUUUGCCCAAGGGCACUAGCAUAGAACCACGUGCUGAUGUAGCCCCGACUGUUUCUGUUGUCUGUCGGACGUCGAGAUGUACGAUGCCUAACGUGAACCCGGAGACCGGGAUACCCAGCACAGAUAACCCAGCCCAAGACAAGAAGCGAGGUAAACCACAGCCAAGUACGACGUUAAUCCAGCACCGUACGGUCGAAGACGGGAAUAAGAGUGCGCUUGGCUAUAUAGGCAUGCAUUGUGUGCCUGAGGAUCGAUGUUUGAAAAAGGCCGCGGAGCAAAACGCGGGAUUGUAUGUCGCCGUUGGCGAUGAGAUUGAGGUCCUAGAACGAGGAGUACAUCUAUAUGGGUCCACGGGUAAUGACUACUAG